AUGGCCUGUGAACAAUGCAGAGAUCCACCCGGAGAGCGUCCCCCCUGCAGUUUUAUCGAAGCUGAGGAGGGGGCUUCGGUAGCUUCCAGCCACUUUGUCAAACCACCAACUAUUAUUGAUAAGGCCCCUCCGAAACACUCUGAAGACGAAGAAGGCAAGCUCAACCCCAAACUUCAUCCUCCGAACCGGUCAGAAACGGGAUCUGCUACAGGUAGCUCCACUUCUGUCAAUGCAGCAGAAGAAAGCCAAGAAAGGGUUGCUUCACGUGAAGAAGAGCCCAAGAAAGAUCAUCCUUCACACCACUCUUUGACUGAAGUGCCAAGUGAAGACCAGCUGGACCUGAAGGAAGUAGAAACUGCGGUAGAAACAGAAGAAAGAUCACAACAUCAAGAAAACAAUGAACCCAAGAAGGAUACUUCAUCACACAUGGACUCGUUGAGUGACACAUCAACGCCAUCAGUGGCAUCAAACUCAAACAUCAAUCAGCUAAACCCUAAACUUCGUCCUCGGAAGCCAACCAAAGCCGAACCUGCUUGCACCACUUCUGUCAAUCGGGAAGCAUCGAAACGAGGAAUUCAUCCAUCGUCUUCCGCACUCACCGCAAACGGCGCCAGCAAAAUAAGACUCACCCACAGGCGAUCCAGUUUGCAAUCCACUGCCAUGCCCGCCAGAAAACCCACCAAAGGUCUCCGAAGAUUCUUUGCAGGACGCAAAGGUUCCUUGGAUUUCUCUACCCAUGUGCGUCGCGGUCUCCGUCGUUCCGAAGUGGACAUGGCGUUGAAACGUACCAGCAUGUUUGGAAUGCGACCGUCCAUUUUGCAGACAGUUCAACAAGAACUUGACAGUUUUUCCGAGUCGGCAGCCAGCGAAGAAGAAGAAGAAGAAGUAGAGGGGGGCAUGGAAUUGCUUCCUGGAGCCGUGGCAGUGGGCUCGGAUAAUAAUAACGGUCGUCCAACAAUAAGGGAAUCGACAAGAAUGCAGACCAACAGCAACCACAUUCCAGUGGCAUUCAUGGUCGACGACGACUGUCAUAACGAGAUUCACCAGCAAGAAGUCAAGGCUCUGAGGCGAUUGGUGGCACAAAAGGAUUCGAGAAUCGAGGCGCUCGAACGAGAAUUGGCCGUCCUGCGGCAAAGGCUCAAUAUGGAAAUGGUGAUUGCAGAACCACUCCCUCCCGUGUUUGGUGGCGGCCCUCUUCCCAAAACUACUAGUACCCAGGAUCGUCAGGCUGACACGUUGACUAAAGCUGAAAAGUUCGCUUUGAAUAUCCUACUCAACGACAAGAGAGGCAAGUGA